AUGGCAUCCGCGCACGAUGACCGGCUUCCCACCCUCUUCUCCUCCCUCGACCCGUCGUCAUACUACUUCUCCCUCGAAUUCUUCCCGCCCAAGACGUCCUCGGGCUUCUCGAACCUCCAAUCGCGUCUGGCUCGGAUGGCAACUGCCCUACGUCCCCUAUUCGUCACGGUAACUUGGGGUGCUGGCGGUUCGACUGCCACGAAAUCCCUAGAGCUGGCAGAGCUGUGUCAGAGACAGCUGGGGUUGACAACUGUCCUACAUUUGACUUGCACUAACAUGAAGAAAGAUAUGGUGGACGAGGCGCUGGAAGCCGCCAAGGAGAUUGGGAUCCGGAACAUCCUGGCAUUGAGAGGCGAUCCGCCCAGGGAAGAAUACAGGGACGCAACAUCCACGGGAGAAACUGAAGGUGGAAGCGGUGGUGCCGGCACAGGGAGCAACGAAGAAUUCACGUGGGCGAUUGACUUGGUUCGGUAUAUUCGGCGAAAGCACGGUGAUUACUUUGCCGUGGGUGUCGCUGGAUAUCCAGAGGGUCACGCGGACGAGAGCCACCCGGAACAAGGGAAACAGAGCGUCGAGCACGAUCUACCGUAUCUGGUAGACAAGGUCUCCGCGGGGGCGGAUUUCAUCAUGACGCAGUUGACGUACGACAUCGAGGCGUAUCGCAGAUACGAGGACCGUCUGAGAAACUAUGCAGAUCAGGAGGGCAGGAGGGUGUUUGACAAGAUCCCAAUCAUUCCAGGCCUCAUGCCGAUCCAGUCCUACCAGAUCAUCAAGCGGAUCACGAAACUCAGCCAUGCGAAACUACCGGAGGAUAUCUCGAGACGGAUCGAGGCAGUCAAGUCGGACGAUGAGGCAGUCAAGAAGGUUGGCGUGGAAGUCCUCGGCGAGCUGGUGGAGCAGAUGAAGACCCUGCCGCAGCCGAACGGUGUGCCUAGGGGCUUCCAUUUCUAUACCUUGAACCUGGAAAAGAGCGUGGCCUUUAUCCUCGAGAGGACAGGCUUGAUCCCACCUGUGAGUUCGGAGGGAAGCACGGAAGAUAGAGACGGAGAUUCAUCUUCAGAUCCGGACGCAGUUGUCGAUGACGACAAGCCGAACGGUGCCGUCACUUUUACGAACAGGCAAGCGGAUCAAGAUGCACACCAGGCGCCGGUGUCUGCCUUCUCCAAGCGGCGGAGGAGUUCGGUCAACGCACAACCUCAUAACCGCGUAAUCUUGGAUCGGUCGUCCCGCUCACCCGCGCAAGCUCGGCCAGAUGGCGACACUGACCCGCCUAACGGUCGAAGCUCAAGUCUCACGGCGCAACACUCGGCGAGAGAUCGUGGCACGGGCAUCCCUGCGUCGUCACCUACAAGACGGCAUAAUCUCCUCAUAUCCGAGGGCCAGGGCUCCUUGGGCAGGGAAGCCACAUGGGACGACUACCCCAACGGUCGAUUCGGUCCUAGCCACUCGCCUGCUUUCGGCGAGAUUGACGGCUACGGACCCAGCCUGAAAGUCAGCCCUCUGGUGGCCAGGAAAUUAUGGGGCCAUCCCAAAUCACCAAAGGACGUGACCGAGAUAUUCAGACAGCACGUAUCUGGUGAAUUGGCGGGCGUGCCAUGGAGCGACGACAUCGAUCCCAGCGGUAACGACGGCAUAACAUCAUCGAGCAAGGACAUGACCGCGGGCGCGCUGAGAGCAGAAACCGACGUCAUCAGGUCGGCAUUGCUCUCCCUGAUAUCAAAGCAAAACUACUGGACCCUGGCGUCUCAACCGGCCGUCGACGGCGCUCAUUCAUCUCAUCCGAUAUUCGGCUGGGGACCACCGGGCGAAGGGUUCGUGUUUCAGAAGGCCUUUGUCGAGUUCUUCUGCAGCCGCGACGAGUGGGAAUCACGACUGAAAAACCGACUUCAGACCUACGGCAGCGAGGUCCUCAGCUGGAUGAAGACGGACGUGAAGGGCGCGUUUGAGAGCGCACAGCACGCGCAGCAUGCAGCCCUGCCAACGAAUGGCGCGACCAAAGCCACGAAUCCGAUCUCCACGAUGGAUAUCAAUGCCAGGGCCGGCGCGUCGUCAGAAAUGGACACCGUGAAUGCCGUGACGUGGGGCGUCUUUCCCAGCCGCGAGAUCCUCACGCCCACCAUCAUCGAGGCCGAGUCGUUCCGCGCGUGGGCGCAGGAGGCCUACGCCAUUUGGAGUGAAUGGAAACGCUGCUUCCCACGGGGUUCCGAGGAGGCGGCCUUCCUCGAUCGAGCCAGGGGGGAUGUCGUGCUGGUGAAUAUCGUGGGGCAGGAGUUCCGAGGCGGGCAUGAAGGGCAGGGAGGACGGUUGUGGAAGAUCCUGCUUGGUGAGGAUGGAGAGAACCACAAUUGA